AUGGCACCAUCACCAGCAUCGCUGCCACUGCAUGCGCCACAUGCCACGCGACAAGCGCAAGUCACAAUAAAUCCACCAUUUGUGCUGGGACGCGCGCCUUGGUGGCGGACGACGGUACCUACACCGCGAAGUCAGCGAAAGCGAAAAAUCUCAUUUGCCGCGGCAUUGAAGGAUUUCCUGCAAAAUGUGUCAUUCCAUUGUUAUGACAAAUUAGUUGAGCCGCAUCGGCGUUUUCACGAACGUUUCUUUUGGAUUGUUUUCCACAUCACCACGUUGAGCGUACUGGUUGUUUUCCUCCGCAGCACCUACUUUUUCGAUGGAAACUUCCUAAGCACCACCAUUUACGAUCCAUUGUUCCCAAUACGCAAAGUGCCCUUUCCUACUUUUUCAAUUUGCUCACUAAAUCGCAUUUCCAAUGCCUCGGCCACAAGAUAUGCCCAGAAGUUACAAAUGGUUGAUCCACAAAAACGCGGGGUUAAUUAUUUUUACAAUCACAUACGCAAAUUGAGUUAUGCGUACACUAAAGAGAUCGAUAAUGAUGGAAAUUAUGAAGAUAUCUUGGAAUUUCAGAACUUUUUGGAUAUCUACGACACCUUGGACACGGAUGCGUCUUACAAUACCAGAGGUCGCAUGAGAGAGUUUUAUCUAUAUUCCUACGGUAAUAAUGCAGAAGUUUCCAGUGGUGCGGUAACCGAACGUUUGGUAGAAACUGGUAUGCAAACAUACGUAUCUAUAGUGCCGAGUAUUAUGGAAACUGUCAAUGAAGCACGCAUACUGCCGCCAUCUGUGCGUAAAUGUUAUUUUGCAGAUGAGCAACCUCGGGUCUAUGGCAAAAAAUACAGUUUCAAUAAUUGCAUUACACGUUGCCGUAUGCACAGCAUGUUGGUGUUGUGCAAUUGUUUGAUUUUCACGUACCCCGAACAUUUGCUAGACGUAGGCACGGAUUUUGUUUACUGUACGCUGCGGCACAAGACAUGUUUGGAACGAUAUUACUUCAAAUGGUCCAAUGUCAUAACUGAACGCGCGAAUAUUCCUGGUCUUGAACGAGAAAUGGAGGAUUCCUUAUAUUGCCCUCAGUGUUUGCCGCUCUGCUCAUCGUUUCGUUACGCCGUUGAUCUCAAUGCUUUGCCAUUGAAUCCAUAUAACAUUGAACCAUUUCCCCAAAUCGGCCUGUCGAAUAUUUCGAGUUUUGCAGUGAUUAAAGUUUACUUUGGCACCUCCCAUAUUCAAUACUUCAGGCGCAUACUUACCGACGACUGGGUUGAAGCUCUCGGUUUUAUUGGCAACUUGGUGAGCAUCGUUACUGGCUUCUCCUUGGUUGGUGUUUGCGAGGUUUUCUAUUUUUUUGGCCAUCAACUGAUUAUGGGUUUUAAAAGUGAAAUGGCGUCCGACAGAAAAGGGAAAAAGGACAAACAGAAAACGCCUUUGCUAAUAUUGCCAUGAAUUUCUUAUAUUCUUACUCCAGAUUAAAAAAAAAAAUUUAUAUUCACCUUAC